AAAACAAGGGGGGUAGUGGUGGCUGUUAGCUGUGUGACAAUUAUAACAACUUUGUGAUUGUGGGGAAGUUUUCAUAGCUAAAAUAAUAUCCCAUUUAUAUGUAAUUCUGUACUUAUUUGAAUUCAUUGUCGUGGUUGUGCAGCAUCACAUGAAAGAUGUAAAAGUUUUUUUCCAAGUGAGUUUCCAUAAGGGAUUUAAAUAAAGUUUGGAUUAUCAUUCUUUGCGUUGCGUUUCCAUGAAAUCGUGUGGAGUGUCGCUAGUUACCGCUGCUGGGGCUUCUACUGCUUUCGGUGAUGAGGAAAAGAAAAUGGCGGCGGGAAAAGCGAGUGAAACCGAGGAGGAUUUUACGAGUCUGACAGCUGAGGAAAGGGACAGCUUAACGGGCUUUGACAGCCGACUAUUUGGAUUUCUGGGUCUUCAUGAAGAUGGCGCCAGAACGAGGGCCUUGCUGUCAAAGAGUGUUCGCUGCUAUGAGUCGUUAAUAUUAAAAGCGGAAGGAAAAGUUGAUCCAGAGUUGUUUUGUCAACUAGGCCACUUUAACCUCUUGUUAGAGGAUUAUCAGAAAGCAUUGUCUGCAUACCAGAGGUACUACAGUUUACAAUCCGAUUACUGGAAGAAUAUUGCCUUUUUAUAUGGCCUUGGGUUGGUCUAUUUCCAUUACAAUGCAUUUCAGUGCAUUUCCAGUUGGCUUUAAUAGACUCCAAUUCCUGCACUUUGUCCAAAGCUGAAAUUAAGUUUCACAUUGCCCACCUGUAUGAAGUCCAGCGAAAGUAUCACACUGCAAAAGAAGCUUAUGAACAACUCCUGCAGACAGAAAAUCUUCCUGCACAAGUUAAAGCAACUGUUCUACAGCAGUUGGGUUGGAUGCAUCAUACAGUGGAACAACUGGGAGAGAAAACCACCAAGGAAAACUACGCUAUUCAGUGUCUGCUUAAGUCAUUAGAAGCUGAUCCCAACUCUGGCCAGUCAUGGUAUUUUCUUGGCAGGUGCUAUUCCAGUAUUGGAAAAGUACAGGAUGCCUUUAUAUCUUAUCGACAUUCUAUUGAUAAAUCAGAAGCAAGUGCAGACACAUGGUGUUCAAUAGGUGUGUUGUACCAGCAGCAGAAUCAGCCAAUGGACGCUUUACAGGCUUACAUUUGUGCUGUGCAGUUGGAUCAUGGCCAUGCUGCAGCUUGGAUGGACUUGGGCACACUGUAUGAGUCUUGUAACCAGCCUCAGGAUGCCAUUAAAUGCUACAUAAAUGCAGCUAGGGGCAAAAACUGUAACAAUACCUCUGCACUUACAGCUCGGAUAAAGUAUUUACAGGCUCAGUUGUGUAACCUUCCACAAGGUAGUCUACAGAGUAAAACUAAAUUGCUUCCUAGUAUUGAGGAGGCAUGGAGCCUACCAAUCCCCGCAGAACUUACCUCCAGGCAGGGUGCCAUGAACUCAGCACAGCAGGCUUGUAAACCUCAUCAUCACAAUAAUGAGCCUGUAGGAGGUCUUUCUCAAACACAUUCUUCACAGCAACCCUUGUCAGCACAUACAGUUCCUUCAAACCAAGUGGAUGACCUGUCCAGUCCAGCCAAGAAGAAAAGAACAUCUAGUCCUACUAAGAAUACUGCAGAAGCAUGGGGAGGAGGACAUACUGUGCCACAACAUCCAACACAUAUUUCUUCGUGGUAUUUGCCACCACCAAAAUUGCAGAUGUUGGAGCACUUGCGAGCUAACAGAAAUAACCUGAACCCUGUGCAGAAGCAGACACUAGAGCAACUGGAGGGGCAGCUUGUGUUGAUGCAAAAUCAGCAGUUGAGGCAAACAGCAGUUGCACAGGUACGAUCUGGAGUUCCUAAUGGGCCAACAGUUGACUCGCCACUGCCUACAAAUUCUCUCUCUGGUCAGCAACCUCAAGUUGCUUUAUCCAGAGUGCCUAAUAUUUCUCAGUCUGGAGUCCAUCCAGUCUGUCCUGGGCAGCCUACUGUUAACGGACCCUUUCCACCAAGCUCAAUUUCUUGCAGCAGUUCAGGAGUGUUGGUUAAUACAGACACUAUUUCAAUAGGCAAUAAUCAUGUAACAGGAAGUGGAAGUAAUGGAAAUGUGCCUUACCUGCAGCGAAACCCACCAAGUCUACCUCAUAACCGCACAAACCUGGCCAGCAAUGCAGAGGAGCCGUGGAAAAAACAACUUGCUAACUCCACUCAGGGGCUUCACAAAGGUCAGAGUUCACAUUUGGCAGGUCCUAAUAGUGAACGACCACUCUCUUCCACUGGGCCUUCCCAGCAUCUACAGACAGCUGGUACUGGUAUUCAAAAUCAGGUUGGACAUUCCAUGUCUAGCAAUUCAGUAACUCAAGGGGCUGCUCUCAAUCACCUCUCUUCUCACAUUGCUACCUCAGGUAGACAAGGCAUUACCUUAACCAAAGAGAGCAAGCCUUCAGGACACGUAACAUCAGUGCCUGAUUUAAACAGGCAUACUGGAGGGACUCCUAACAGCACUUCCAGCAGAGAGGGACUUUCUAAUCAUGUCCAUCAUUUGGUGGUAGAUGCUGUUUGUAGCCCUAGCCAUGGAGAAUCCAAGUCACCAGGUGUACUUAGUUCAGACAAUCCUCAGCUCUCUGCCUUGUUGAUGGGAAAAGACAGUAGCAAUGUUGGUUCUGGGACCUUGGACAGAAUUAAUAAUGUGCACCCAGCAGUUCAUAAAAAGACAGACAGCUCUCUUGCUUCAUCGCCUUCAUCAGCCAUUUCCACAGCAACCCCUUCACCCAAGUCUGUUGAACAAACUACCAUGAACAGUGUUAGCCUUAACAGCCCUUCAUUUAGAAUUGGACAUUCCUUUAAUGGAAAAGGGUUGGAGGAAUCCCAAAGCCCCAUGAAAAUUGACCCUCUUUUCAUUUGUAACAAACCAGGACCUUUACAUUUGCCUUCAUCUUCUGUGUCCAUUUAUCCUAGUUCUAUAGAAGUACUUAAAGCUUGCAGGAACCUAGGGAAAAAUGGCUUAUCUAACAGUAGCAUUAUAUUGGACAAGUGCCCACCACCGCGUUCACCUCCAACACCCUUUCCUGCCCUGCCAAAGGACAAAUUAAAUCCUCCGACUCCUAGUAUUUAUUUGGAGAAUAAGAGAGAUGCUUUCUUCCCACCCUUGCACCAGUUUUGUACAAAUCCCAACAACCCUGUCACAGUAAUACGUGGCCUUGCUGGAGCUCUUAAACUAGAUCUUGGACUCUUUUCUACAAAAACAUUGGUAGAGGCAAAUUGUGAACAUGAUGUUGAAGUGCGGACACAGUUGCUACAACCUGCAGAUGAAAACUGGGACCUUACUGGAACAAAGAAAGUAUGGCGUUGUGAAAGUAGUAAAUCUCACACUACAGUUGCCAAAUAUGCACAGUAUCAGGCUGCUUCGUUCCAAGAGUCAUUACGGGAAGAGAAUGAGAAGAAGAGUCAUCACAAGGACCAUUCAGAUAGUGAAUCCACAUCUUCAGAUAAUUGUGGUAGAAAAAAGAAAGUUCCUUUCAAAACAAUCAAGUUUGGGACUAAUAUUGACCUUUCCGAUGAUAAAAAGUGGAAAUUGCAGCUUCAUGAGCUAACUAAGCUACCAGCAUUUGCACGGGUGGUGUCAGCAGGAAAUUUACUGAGCCAUGUCGGGCACAUCAUUUUGGGGAUGAACACAGUUCAACUUUAUAUGAAGGUUCCAGGCUGCAGAACACCAGGCCAUCAAGAAAACAACAACUUUUGUUCUGUGAACAUAAAUAUUGGCCCUGGAGACUGCGAAUGGUUUGCGGUUCCUGAAGUUUACUGGGGAGUUAUGAAUGAGUUUUGUGAAAAGAACAGCAUUAAUUAUUUGAUGGGCUCGUGGUGGCCAAACCUUGAAGAUCUUUAUGAGGCAAAUGUCCCAGUGUAUCGGUUUAUUCAGCGUCCUGGGGAUCUGGUUUGGAUUAAUGCUGGCACAGUUCACUGGGUUCAGGCCAUCGGCUGGUGCAACAACAUUGCUUGGAAUGUUGGCCCUCUGACAGCUUACCAAUAUAAACUGGCAGUGGAGCGGUACGAAUGGAACAAGUUACAGUGUGUGAAGUCUAUUGUACCAAUGAUUCAUCUUUCAUGGAACUUGGCACGAAAUGUUAAGGUGUCGGACCCCAGGCUCUUUGAAAUGGUCAAAUAUUGCCUGUUGAGAACCUUAAAGCAUUGUCAGUCACUGAAGGAUGCCCUCAUCAGUGCAGGAAAAGAGAUUGUGUGGCAUGGGCGUACAAAAGAUGAACCUGCACAUUACUGUAACAUUUGUGAGGUGGAGGUCUUCAACCUACUUUUCGUCAGAAAUGAAGAUAACUCUCAAAAGGCAUAUGUAGUACAUUGUCAACACUGUGCUCAGAAGGCCAGUAUGAACGUGGAGAAUUUUGUGGUGCUAGAACAGUACAAAAUGGAGGACCUGAUACAAGUCUAUGACCAGUUUACAUUAGCUCCUCCAUUGCCUUCAUCAUCAUCUUGACAUUAUUUUUCCAUGGACAGUAAAAGGAGAACAUUUCUGAUAUUCAGGAAGUGACCCAAUUCUGCACCACUGAUAUUUUGUAGCUAUCCCAUGAGGCUGCUGGCUGAAAGCUGUGUGUCUAUGCAACCUUCCAAGUGCGGAGUGUCAACCAGCUGGACAGGAGAAAGCUGUGCUCCUUAUUCCAGAACUUAAUUUAAUAUAGCUGAUUCAGCUUUACUUUAAAAACAAUUUUAAAAAAAAAUUCCAUGUUUUGUAUAUAUGCUAUGGAACUGGCAACAACACAGACUACUGACUUGAAAACCGUCUUUUUUGUAUUUCUCUGUCUCUGGCUGAUAGAUUGGUUUUGUCUUUUAUUUUCCAUUCACUAUUUCCCUUAAAAUGAGUACUAGCAUAGCUUUUUUUUCUUUCUUUUUUUUUUUUCCUCUUCUCUCUUUCUGUUUUUUAACCGUAGUUAGGAAUGUUAAGUCUCUUGGGCAACAUUUUUUUUUGUAAUGUGAAAAGUUAGGUGAUAUAAUUUUUUUUUUUUUAUGUUUGUCUUUCUUUGAAACCAUGGUUACUUUUGGUUUCUUAGAUAAAAUGAACUUAACAGCCAAGUCACAAAGAUAAAUGGGUUGCACAUAGUCUAAAAUAAACUUCAGAUUUGUGAUUUUUUUUGUUUCUAAUCUUGAUGUAAAUUUACACUAUUUAUAAAUACAUAUUUAUUGCUUGAAAAUAUUUGUGGAUGGAAUGCUGUUAUUUUUUUCCAGAGUACCUGCCAUUGAAAUUUUAAGGAGUGGCUAUUUCAAACACUACUCCUAAUACGUUUUCUAUAUGUAAAUAAAACUACUUAGCAUUGUACAGAAACUUUUAUUAAAAUUGUUUAAUGUUUAAAGAGUUUUUUAUUGUUUGAGGCUUUAACAAAACUUUAUGUACAGUCACAGAAAUUUUAUGUACAUUGCCCAGCCCUGUGCUUGUCCAUUAUUAGCAAUGUUCUCUUACCUGAAUUUUUAUAUUAAAAAAUUGAAAAUUUAUCUCA